GUGACGCUGGGAAAAAGGAAUGCCAACAUGGACCCGUGGCAAGGACGGGAUGUGAGCGUGCUACGACAAUAAUACGACGGAGGAAAAACUGAAAAAAGCGGAGAAAAGAAGAACCCCUUCGACGGUGCGGCUUCUUGUACACCGAGUUACUGCAGGAAAUUCACGGUUUCUGUGAUACCUCUUGUGGAUCGUGUUUCCUCCACACCCUCUCCUCUGCGACUGGCCUGGAUCAAUGGUGUCUCUCAGCAACAGAGCGCUGAGUUCGGAGAAUGACCUGUUCAGGGACAGCAGCAGCAGCCUGUUCUCCCUCGGCCUGGGAGACAGCGAGGGGGGCAGCUCGGCCUCCUGCGACAGCCCCGAUGCCGGGGAGCUGGGGGCCAUGCACAGCUCCAGCCCCGGAGAGGAGGAGGAAGACGACGAAGAGGAAGAUGAUGAUGAUGAUGACGAGAAGAUGAGUCUGCAUAUCUUUCUAGGAGCGGAGAGCGAGGAGGACUCGGCGAGUCACGAGCCUAAGCUGCCGGAUUUCCCUUUCCAUCCCUCUUCCCCGUUUUCUCCCACCCUGGAAGACAUCGAGGAGUUCUUGAGGGAAAAGAUGGAACUGGUCAAAGAGGGUCUUCUGGUCCCAAAAGAAGAGGCCUCCCCUCUAGCAUGCAGCGAGUCUCCAUCCUCCACUGUGGCCCCCGAAGCUCCGUCAGACACUUGCAGUGAUCUGGUUGCUUCUCAUUGCACUUCAAGUUCCCUUAAAAAGGAGGAGAACAGCCCAGAUGACCACUCUCCUUCUGCUCAAGGUAAUCCCUCACCUUCUUCCAGAACCCCCCCGAUGCUCCUCGGUGCCCCGCUGGUUCUGCAGCUACAGCCCUUACCUAUCACUCAGCCUCCGGCCCCGGCUGGCUCUCCUGCCGGGGCCCAGAGUGGCAUCUGGCUCACUCAUCUGUUCAUGGGCCUCCAGGGUGCAAGAGGACAAAAUGUCACCCUGCUGACCCCGUCCACCCCCACCACCCACACCACCUUGCUAUCACUAAGCAGUGGAGACAACAAGUCACCUGACCAGAAGUACGUUAAGAUCGCCCCCCUGCCCAUCACCAUGAGGACUCUAGAGCUCACGGGCUUGACUGCGGUCGGGAGUCAGGGCGGUGGGCUGUUGAAGGCCGUGGCCCCCAGGGUGACCAGACUGCCGCCCACAGAGAGGGUCCACAAGUGUUCCCACCCAGGCUGCGGGAAGAUGUACACCAAGAGCAGCCAUCUGAAGGCUCACUUCCGCCGGCACACGGGAGAGAAACCCUACACGUGUAGCUGGCCCGACUGCGGCUGGAGAUUUUCCCGAUCUGACGAACUGUCCCGCCACCGCCGCUCUCACUCCGGCAUCAAGCCGUACGAGUGCUCCCUCUGCGAGAAGAAGUUUGCCCGCAGCGACCACCUAUCCAAACACACCAAGGUCCACCGCAGCUCCAGACCCAGCAGGAUCAUCAAGGCCACCGUGUGACACUCUUUGGGUCCGGGUCUCCCUCAGGAUAUUUUUGGUGCUUCACAAGCAGAACUUUUAAAAGAAUUGUGAGAGCUGGACACUCUCCCCCCCCCCCCGUUUCCUCUUAUUUGGCUUUCUCUCCUCCCCUUGCUGUUUUAAUUUCCCUGUUCCUUCUGAGCAUCUGAUUCUCCUCAGGAAGACCCCAGCUGAAAGUGGAUUUCCUCGCACACACACAACACAUAACAGCAAUAGGAGUGUCUCGAACUCGAUAAUCCUCUUUUUUACUUCCAUGAUUGCCCUUCUUCUUCAAAAGCCAAACUUCAGGGUCCACGUGGAUGAAGCUUCCGUUUUUUUGUACGCUGUUGAAAUGAACAAUUUAGUGUCACGUAUAAUUCAUGCGUCUCCUCGUAUGGACAUGUUGUCCCUUGAGGGGGAAAUUCUGAUUAAAAUCUACCCUUAGAUGCUUAUCCACUUCACGGCGAAUGAACUCUUGAUAUUAGGAGAAAAUGCCGAGACAUUGUCAGACUUCAAAUUUGACCAAACUGAGAAAAACUCCCCGAUGUCGAACGCAUCCAAACCUGGCCUUUGUUGCAUUCGUCCAAUCACGAGCCACCCCGUUUGACCCCAUAUGCCUUUUUCUCUCAGCCCCGGUUCGCCCUAAUCUCUAUUGAUGCCUUUGUACAUAUCACAAAACCACCUCACUUGAUCCUACUGUUAUCAUAUGACUGCUCUUAUUUUACUGUGAUUGCGAGCCGGGGGGGGUUGACAAACCAGAAAACCCUGUUCUGCUGGAAAUUGAAAAUGACACCCGGGGUGCAUGACAGUUUUUAAGCUCUUUUGUUCUGGGGAAAAUCUCCUGCAGUCAUUGUGCAGCCGACUUCUGUAUGGCCUGGACAACAACAACAACUACUACUACUGUUAUGUUUCGGUUCAACGGUGCAAAAGUGACGUGAAACACGGCUCUUCCUAUCUUACAGUGACAGUUACUGUAAUACAUUUCUCUGUUGGUUAUAGCAGCAAGAAAAGCCAAUAGUUUAAACAGCUGGAUAGGCAGCUCACAUCUACUUAAUCACCUGUAUUAACAUACUCAAUAAUAUGUGUACUGAACAUAAAGGACAAAGAUAACAUGUACAGCUUGUAGCCUUUAUAUAGAUAUGUGUUUGUUUUUAAAUCGAUGAGGAUUUUUCAAUCAGUGCAUUAAGCUAUUCAAAACGUGUUUCCGGAGAGAGGGAUUUUGGGUCUUUUUAUGUGAGUUUGAUUGUAGCGUGAUCAAUCUGUGGAAUGUCAGACUGAUUAUGGUCCCACUCUACCCAUUCACAAAACCAUUAAGCUGAGUCUCAAGUGCACUUGUAUUCGUGGGAAGUGAGAAGAACAGUCAUUGUGCUCUUAUGGCAGUUCCAUGACAUGUAUGACUUUGGAACGGUAAAAUGCCAAAAAAAAAAAAAGAAAAGAUGAAUAUUUUCUAAGAAAACUGUGCAAUGCAGUCCAUGAUCAGUUGUUCGAUGCGUGUAAAGCUACCAGUGCUUCACACAAAGAGACUGUAUAACUGAAAUCAUAACGCUUCACAUAACUGAAUGGUCUCGGGAACUCACUGCUACAAAACGUAGGCUGACCUAACUUCAAUUUGUAGGGGCUUUUGGUUUCAACUCAAAAGCAGAGCACUUCCUGCAUGUAGCGGUCGCACACUUACACAUCCUCCAUAUCUUUGUCUCUUAGCAUAAUGGAUACAUUAUGGUUCACUCUUUUUUGGAAAAACAAACCAUGCUUAGUAAGGUAGAAACCCAUUGAAGGCAGACAGACGGGCAGACGUGUUUAUCUGUCUGAACCAAUGCUGUCUUUGUGUCUGAGCCUCCCCAGGCAGCUUCUACUGACCUACAUCCAGACCUGUGCUCCCUAAUCAUCAUCCAAUUCUCUCUAUCUAUCUCUCUGUCUGUCUCUCUUGUUUCUCUGUCAUGCCUGUUUAUCUGGUUUAACACAGGCUUUAUUUUUAUUUUAUUUUGGAA